AUGCUCGCGGCGAUGCGUGGCCACCUCUCCGAGGCCGUCAAGCACGCCCUCUCGGGCGCCGACCUGCACCAGCGGGACGCGACCGGCCGCACGGCACUCGAGCUGGCGGUCGAGGCGGAGAAGCGCGACACUGCGCUGGCGCUGCUCCUCAUCGCGACGGCAAAGUUCACCAAGCCGCUCCCCUCUCCGCUUCCCGUGCCGCUGCUCCAGCGGCUCCAGGGCUGGCUCGGCCAGGCUGGCGCCGAAAAGGAGAAUGCGAUGGGCGUGCUGCUGCAGCAGUACCAGGGCCACCUCGCGCGCGGGCCGGCGCUGCCCGCCGACGCUCCGCCGCAGAUCGCGGCGGCCGUGGUCGAGAUGCUCGCUUGGGCGGCGAGGCACGGCUUGUGCGCGCUGAUUGACCGUCUUGUGGAGGUGCUUACGCAGCACGCCGGCGGCGCCUUGCCCCUGCCGCUGGUGGCGUGCGCCCGGUCGAGCGGCGGCCUGACGGUGCUCCACGCUCUCGUGAUGUGUGGAAAGGGCGCCGCAGUCACCGCGCUGCUCGCCGCGCUGCCGCCGCAUGCUGCGGCGAGCCUGCGCGAGUGCCGCGACUUGCGAGGCCGGAGCGCCGCUCAGGCGGGCUGCACGUGCGCUCUGCUGCCGUCGGGCACGGAGCACCUGCCGCCGGGACGGCAGCCGGGCGAGCUCGCGGGGUGGGAGCCGAUGGCGGGCGAGGACUCGCGUCGUGCGUUUGGGGAGCAGCGCGAGGCGCUCCAGCACACCGAGGCCGUGAGCCAGCUCUAG